AUGUCCUACAGCCCAGGCGGGGAUCAGGGCCCGCCGCUUGACGGUCUUCCACCAGCUUCGUUUGGUCCAGAGUGGUCCAGCUCCUUCUGGCAGUUCUGGAGUCCUGGAAAGACCUGUCUUGUGGGAUUCAUAUGCCCAGCAUAUCUCUUCAGCAGAACUCAGGCUCGGAAUAAGGACCCAACGUUAUCGAACUUCAGAAGCUGCAAUCAUAUGUGCAUGGCUUGGCACGCGCUUACCUGCCUCGGAGGCGGGUCAGCCAUCCUUCACGCAGUCAAGCGCCGCGACAUGCGGGACCAGUAUGGCAUUCAAGGCAAUAGCGCCAGAGACUGGCUGGCAACCUGCUUCUGCCGGCCCUGUGCUCUUAUUCAAGAAGAAAAGGAGUCGUUGCUGCGGGCACAAUCUACAGUUGGAUAUGAAAGGCCACAAGGCAUGCAAUACCCUUAG